AUGACCAUAAAGGCUGACUCUUCACAGCCAUUGGACCUCGACGUCUCAGACGAGGCAUGCCUCACUCACCAGUCGCUGCCUCCAGGCAGACGGACGAUACUACCUCAGCCAGAAACGCCAAGAUACCUCCCCACUUGGGCUACCCGCAGGCAAAACGCCAGCCUGCUCAUUCCGGCAAAGGCAAGAAAUCCGUCGCUCCUGGCGUUUGCAGACACUGCGGUGCAACGCAAGACGAGACAGCGCAGUGGCGCAAAGAUCCUCGAGAUGAGGCCAAGCAUUUUCGGAGGAGGAACGAAGACUGUGCAACCGAUGCGGAUUGCUGCGAAAGAUGCUGGGACCCUGCCCGACCUCGACGCCAUCCGUGCACGCGAGACCAAGAGGCAGCAACGGGAGCAGCAGAAGCAGGGGAGCCGGAUCACGAUCCGGACGGCUUCCCUUUCGAAGCACUAUUUCCGUUCUGGGCAGAAGUCCAAGCCGUCGGCGAAAAUCAGGCUCAAAUGCAAGAGCGUUGACGAUGGGGGGAAGGCCCUAAAGAAGAACGAUGCCGUGAGAUCGCCGGCAUGGGACGAAGAUGAGAUGGAGGUGGCGAGUAUCAUCGUCGACCUGAGCAGACCGAAACCAAGCAAGCCUAAAUGGAACCUGCUCGAUACGAGGCCAUCGUUCCUCUAUAAUCGACCGCCGCCGAAGCCCAUGUCGAUCAUCGAAGUGCCGUCGCACUUCUUCUCCAGGCCGCGAGCAAGGUCCAAUAGCAGCGUGUCCAAUCCACCGUCGCAGGCUUUCAAUUGUAAAGCCAAGAAACCCUCAAGAUUGUCGAGCGGAUCGUCGACCAGUAGUACGACUCCUAGCCGUCGACGACCGCAGCACAAAUUGGAUCCGAUCAAGACGUCACGAUCCACGCAAGACAAGGUGGAUGUCGACGCGCGGUUGACGACGGCCUCGACGGUGCUUCAGACGCCCCAACUGUCAUUCGAGCCGCUUGCCGUUGUUCAGAUCGCUGGACAGGGCAAUCUGAUGGUAGACUACCCCUUGGUCACUGAUCAGGACGCUGUAAACCCUACCAGUGAGGCUGUCUUCUUCACGAGUCCGAAGGAUAUGGAUGAUGAGAUGGGUGAGCCGAGACCGCUGCAUCAUACCGCCUGCUUAAUAUGUCGACCUUUUGAUUAG